UCAGUCGACUCAGAAAAAGAAGUGUUGCUUAAUCGCACUUGAGUGAGUAAAGAUCCGAUGGCCAAACUAUCAGAUUCAAGACGGUCGCUCAUCAAAAAGGCCGCCAAACUUUAAUGGACCAACUGUUUCCUUCCAUACCGAACACUCUCUUAAAGGGAUUUGUUUGUAAAGAAACCCCCUGUUUCCUUUAUUCUACUCGUUUCCACAUCCCCCGUUUUUUGUAUCAACCAAAUCCCCUUUCAAAAUUGAAAUUUGAACCUACGAGAUGACUACAGGAAUUGCUUCCUAUAAAACUAUUCCUGGGCCGGAGGUGAGUGACGAGGAUGAGGACGCUGAGGACGUGUUGAAGGAGGAUUCUUUAGAGGAGGUGUCCAUGACAGAGGAACAAAAAUCUGCUGUUGGACACAAAGAGAAUAUCAAAGUUAGGGAAAAUAAGAUCUCUUGUGGAUUGAAUUCUGGUGCUAAACUUGAUGUGCGUUUAGUGCAAGUUCAGGACCGAUUGGAGAAAAUGGAGGCUCAUUCAGAAAAGUUGGAAACUUUGCUGGUUGAUAUGGACGAAAAAUUGAACUAUAUAGUGAAGAUAAAAGGUGCUAAAGUUUCCAGGGACGUUAAAUGUCCAGCUAAGUACAUGAGCACCUCGUGGACCGGUAAUGGCCGACCAAAGAGGAGAGAUAGAAUAGCUGAGAUAAUAAGGCAGUCGUGGAAGCAUCAGCGAUUGGGAAGAGGUGAUAAGGCAGUAGUUCAUCCAGUUGCUUCGCGGCGUGAUUGUGUCGAAAAUGACCAAAAUAUGGAUUCUACAUCUCAGAUGGAAAAUGCCGAUGGAACUAAUUGGCAGGAAGAGACUUACCAAAAGAUCAAGUCAAUGAUGGUGAAGCAUUUACCAGAGCUUAAUGCUUUAUACCAGAAAAUUGCUUCUAAGGUGCAGCAGGUAUGUUGUAGCAUGCUAAGAUUUACUAGAUUUUGAUAUAAUUUGAGCUGUUAAUAGUUCUCUUUUAUCAUAAAU